AUGUCCGUCGCGCUCUUCAUUCUCGAGCUGGUCGUGGCGGCGGCCCUGGUCGGCCGCCUUCUUUGGUGGUAUGGCCAGCGCCUGAAGACCGAGUGGUUUGUCUACCUUUUCGCCUUCAUCGGCUGGUUCGCCGCCUUCUCCGUCAUCGGCUCCCUGCCCGUGGAUAUCCUGUCUGGCCGCUACCGUGAGUGCCUGGCCGAGGCCGCCCUCUCCGGGGAGCUCUGCCAGGAGCCCAUCAUCUACAUGGAUUUCGAUGCCAUGACCUACUACUGGCGGACCCUCUACUGGUCGGCGUUCACAUUGACCUGGUCCAUCUGCCCCUUCCACCAGGCCUUUGUCAAUGCCGGGGGCUUCACCUACCUGCAAAAGGCCUGGAUCGCCCUGCGUACCAACCUCAUCCUCUACUCGCUCAUGGGCGCCGCCGGUCUGGUCGGGCUGAUCAUCAUCCUGUCCACGCAGAAGCUGGGCUUUGCCGACCUCUUUGACUUGAUCAUCGCCCUGGCCAACAUCUACGGUCUGGUGAUGAUCGUCGGCUUCAUGGGGUACGGCUUUGUUGAGCUGCCACGGACCCUUUGGCGCAACAGCAACCGCAUCCGGCGCAUGCACUAUUUGGAGUUCUACACCGAAUCCCGCUACCAGGACUAUGUCAAGGCCGAGCGCGAAUUGGCCGACCUCCUGGCCACGGUCAAGGGCCUGGACCUGGCCAUCGGCCCGCGCGACCCGCUCCGUCCCAAGGUUAACAUCAUCGUCGGAAAGUGCCCGAUCGACUACAUGGCUGUCGUCGAGUACAACACCGUCAAUCCCUACGACUUUGACAUCGACUCGCUGAUGGAUCUCCACGGGAGCCUCCUGUGCAUCAGCCAGGCGCGCGAUCGCUGCCGCAACGAGUGGGAGCGCCACCUUCGUGAGGCCUUCCAUCUCAUGGACAUCGAGCUCUGCAAGAACAGCCCAAAUGGCCUCUUCACCGAGCCCUGGAAGCGCACUGACAUCUCCAAGUAUGCUCGGCAGAAGCAGCAGCUCAAGUGGUACUGGUAUUGCCGCGCGGAGACCAUCGUCAUGAAGAUCAUUUCCCUGGUCUUUGUCUGCCUCUCGCUGCUGGUCCUCUGGUCGGAGCUGGUCCUGCCAGUCAAGACUCCGCCUCUGUCCAUCAUGGAGUUGAUCUUGCACUCGCCAAACACCAGCCACGUUUUCGUGACCGAGACCGCCUUCCGCGCGGUGUACGGCACCCUGGAGUUCAUUCCCUUCCUUGGGAUCGGGUUCAACAUCUACUUCCCGAUCAUGAUUGCCGUCGUCUGCCUGGUGGUCUUCUUCGACAUCAUGCCGAAGCUCUUUUCGGUCCUGCCCUUCACCAAGGUCUUUGCCUUCAGCGAGUAUUCCGAUGGUGAUGGCGAGGACCUGGCCAAGGGCCGCGACAUGCUGGAGUCCCUUCGCGCCCAGGCCGAGCGGGCCCCGAACGCCGAGUUGCACACCCUCAAGCCGGCCAACAUCGCUGAUGCCCCGGCCGCUCCCCGGUCCCAGCGGACCAACAAGCUCGUCAACGAGCUCUUUGGCGGCACCGCGCGCAACACCUCGGCCGAGGUCACCCAGAGCGCCCUCACCCGGCAGGCCAUGCAGGAGAAGUACUUCUCCAAGGGCCGGACCCCGGGCACCCCCUCGCCCUCAUCCUCCUCCUCCGGCAGCAGCGCCAUGCAGUCGUACCAGGCCCUGGAGGGCGGCCCCGAGGGCGACGGGCUGGCCCCGGCUCCGGCCUCCGGUGGCGGGUUCUUCCAGCGCUUUGUUUCCGGCUGGGGGGGAAGCGCCACGACUGUGCCGGCGCCUGUGGGCUCGGCCGGCGCCGAUCUGGAGGCCGCCACUUCCGAGCCGGUUCUCUCGUCGCUCAAUCGCUCCGACCUCGGGUACGGGCGCCAUCCGUCACAGGCCGGCCCCCCGCGCGAGGUCAACACCAGCUCCUACAACGACUUUUUCUCCAUGGACGCCAGCGAGCAUGACGCCUUCACCAGCGCCCCAAGCCAGUCGUCCCGCGGACGGGUCUUCGGCACCGGGUCUACCACCUCCCCGUCCACCUUCACCUUCGACGGGACCACCAACUUCCGGUGA